AUGAAGCCUCUCCUCAUCCUGUCUGUCCUUCUGUUCUUCUGGAAUGCAGCACUGGCAGGUUUGAACCCAGUAUCAUCAGAACUGCACAAGAAAUGCUCUGAGAAUGGUCUCUGCCGACUUGAGUGCUAUGGGAGUGAAAUGCUAGUUGCCUACUGUAUGUUUCAGCUGGAAUGCUGUGUCAGAGGAAACCCUGAGCCCUGACAUGAGAAACUGGUCAAUGCCUGUCGACUUGCAGCCCCUUGACCCUCCCAUCCUUCAAAAAGCUGGAUAAUCUGGUUAAGCUAUAGCACUGUGAUGUGCCCCAGCCAAGUGGUUGGUAUGUUUUCAUGAACCGCUAGAAUCUCAUGAUCUGGAUUUGAAGAGGAAAGCUGCAGCCUUCUCAAACAGACUGAGGCGUCUCACGAAGACCACAUCUAGUAUAUUUUCUCACUCAAAGUAAUAUCCAUUGCUCUCCUCAGUGCCUAUUUCCCUUCUGUAAUCACAGAAAGGAUGCCUUAGUUCUGUGGAAAUCCCUCAGUGUUUUAUAUCUAGGUAUCUACACUAGAUAUACCUUACACUCUGUAGAGGAAUAGACCUGACUCAGUUUUAACUGAGCCUGUCACUGAAGUUCUUGAAACAGGAGAAAGGCCGUCUUGUGAGGGGUUCUUACAAGGUACCUUCUCAUCCACCUCCCUAGUUUCAAUUAAGCCUGGAACUUUCCAUUUCUGCCCCACAGUAUCCAGCUACAGGCUGUAAGACUGCCUGGGUAUGAGUCAGUGUAAGGCCCAUCUUCCCGCCUCUCUGGUUGGGUGCCGUAGGCCUAGUAUCUAACACCACACUGUGUGGAGCAGUUUUCUUUAGCAUCAGUACUGGCUAUGGCUUGGCCUCCAGUGAUUCUGAGAGUGUGAGGCUCUCACUGCAAAUAGGCAAUUAUUGAUCUGGUACAAGGCUAAAGAAUCACUGGCUAAAUUAAAUUCUUCAUCUGAAAGGACAGUGCUUCCUGGUCACAUACUGCAAGUGGGAAGAGAUGGAAGGAGAGCAGUGUAUGAGAAAGAAUGAGGGAUGUGAGUAGUUCUGUACCCCCAGACGAUGCUCAAUCUUCGAGCAAAUCAAGCAUAGGUGAUUUGGGAGGGAACAUAGUAAAAAUUCAUUAGAGUGUGCCCUCCUCUCAGAAGCACAAACACCUAUAGUUUCUGGAGGGGAGGUAGGUUAAAGUGGAAUGGGCUAACAGAUGGCCUAGAAGAGUUACCAUGGUUUCUGAGAAUGUGGAGAAAAUUCUUCCAGAAAGACUCCAGGAAAACUGUCAGUCUCUGAAGAAGGCAGGGGACUCCUUACCUGAAGACUCAUGGACCUUAUAUGAAACUGGCCUCACAACAUCCCAGACAGCCUGUUUCACUCCAUUUUGCUUUACAAUAACAAAAUACCCAGAGCCAGCAUUGUAGUGCAGAGGGUUAAGCUGUUGCUUGCAACCCUGGCAUCCCAUAUCAGAGCGCUGAUUCGAGCCCCUGGUGCUCCACUUUCAAUCCAGCUCUCUGCUAAUGCACCCAGGGAAAGCCGCAGAAGAAGGCCCAAGUGCUUUGGCCCCUGCCACCCACAUGGGAGACCUGGAUGGAGUUCCUGACUCUGGGUUUGUCCUGGCCCAGCCCUGACUGCUGCAGUCAUUUGGGAAAUGAACCAGCAGAUAGAA